AUUUCCUUGUAGACCACCUUAGGGGCAGGGUCGAGGGUGGCCUGGAGGCAGGGAUUCCUUUAAGUUUGGGCAUGGCACCCACCUGUCACCUGUACAGGUGGCCGGAGAGAAGAAAGUAGAUUUGGGAGCCUGUAACUAGAGUGGCUGAUUAUUUACAGGGCUGGAGAGGAGACAGGACUCCUCUGCUUUGAAGACCUUUCUCAAGACGCUUGUUUGAGGUAGACUUGAAGCGGAGUCACUUUCCAGGCUGUGGGGACAAGAGCAGAGCCAGUACCCAAUACAGACAAUUGCAGCUAUUUCGUGUUCAGGACGCCUCGUCUCCUUUGAGCCUCACGGCUGCCUUCUGAGGCAUCACCUGUAGCAGGAGAGAAACUGACCCUGAGAAGGGGUGAGACUUGCCCAUCACACAUCUAAGAAUCGGCAGAGCCAGGGCUGCAUUCCGGUUGAUCUGGCCCCUCGGCUGGGCCUCCUCUGGUGGCCCUGCUCAGCACACGGAGCAGGGGUCGUGAGGCCGGACGGGCGGGUGCUGGAGCGAGCAGCCAGGUGGGAACCCGGCAAGGUGUCAGACCCGUGACCACAGUACGUUCUUGUCAGUGGCAGCACCUUUGAGCUCACAGGAUAACUGAGAAAGAAGUUUUCCCAUUUCCAGAAGUUAGCCAAGAUGAACUUAAUGAAAUAAAUCAGUUUGUGGGACCUGUAGAAAAAUUCUUCACUGAAGAGGUGGACUCUCAAAAAAUCGACCGGGAGGGAAAAAUCCCAAAUGAAACUUUAGAGAAACUGAAGAGCCUGGGGCUUUUUGGGAUGCAAGUCCCAGAAGAAUACGGUGGCCUGGGCCUCUCCAACACCAUGUACGCGCGGCUGGGGGAGAUCAUCAGCCUGGAUAGCUCCAUCGCCGUGACGCUGGCAGCACACCAGGCCAUCGGCCUCAAGGGCAUCAUCUUGGCCGGCAGCGAGGAACAGAAGGCCAGGUACCUGCCCAGGCUGGCGUCCGGGGAGCACGUGGCCGCCUUCUGCCUGACGGAGCCCGCCAGUGGGAGCGAUGCCGCCUCCAUCCGGACCAGGGCCACGUUAAGUGAAGAUAAGAAACACUACGUCCUCCACGGCUCCAAGGUCUGGAUCACCAAUGGAGGACUGGCCAGUGUUUUUACUGUGUUUGCAAAGACAGAGGUUGUUGAUUCUAAUGGCUCAGUAAAGGACAAGGUCACAGCGUUCAUAGUAGAGAGAGACUUUGGUGGAGUCACCAGCGGGAAACCUGAGGAUAAGUUAGGCAUCCGAGGCUCCAACACCUGCGAGGUCCACUUUGAGAACACCAGGGUGCCCGUGGGAAACGUCCUCGGAGAAGUUGGAGGCGGCUUUAAGGUGGCCAUGAACAUCCUCAACAGCGGGCGGUUCAGCAUGGGCAGUGCCGUGGCCGGGAUGCUCAAGACGCUGAUCGAAAUGACCGCUGAGUACGCCUGCACAAGGAAACAGUUCAACAGGAACCUCAGCGAGUUUGGAUUGAUUCAGGAGAAGUUUGCCCUGAUGGCUCAGAAGGCUUACGUGAUGGAAAGCAUGGCCUACCUCACUGCGGGGAUGCUGGACCAGCCGGGCUUUCCUGAUUGCUCCAUCGAGGCCGCCGCGGUCAAGGUGUUCAGCUCCGAGGCCGCGUGGCAGUGCGUGAGCGAGGCGCUCCAGAUCCUCGGGGGCUCGGGCUACAUGAGGGACUACCCGUACGAGCGCAUCCUGCGUGACAGCCGCAUCCUGCUUAUCUUCGAGGGAACCAACGAGAUCCUCCGGAUGUACAUCGCCCUGACAGGCUUGCAGCAUGCCGGCCGCAUCCUGACUGCAAGGGUCAAGCAGCUUAAACAGGGCAAUGUGACCACCAUCCUGGAGACUGUCGGCCAGAGGCUUCGGGACUCCCUGGGCCGAACUGUGGACCUUGGGCUGACAGGGAAGCUCGGAGUCGUGCACCCCAGCAUGGCGGACAGCGCCCACAAGCUCGAGCAGAACGUGCACUACUUCAGCCGCACCGUGGAGAGCCUGCUGCUUCGCUUUGGCAAGACCAUCGUGGAGGAGCAGCUGGUCUUGAAACGAGUGGCCAACGUCCUCAUCAACCUGUACGGGAUGACGGCCGUGCUGUCGCGGGCCAGCCGGUCUAUCCGUGUGGGGCUCCAGAACCACGACCACGAGGUUCUGUUGGCCAACAUCUUCUGCACAGAAGCUUACCACCAGAAUCUCUGCACCCUGUCUCAGCUGGACAAGCAUUCUCCGGAAAAUCUCGAUGAACUGAUCAAGAAAGUGUCCCAGCAGGUCCUGAAGAAGCGAGCCUACGUCUGUGCCCACCCUCUGGACCGGCCGUCCUGAAGCAGGGGGUCAGUGUCCCUGCUGCUGUCCGCCCGACACACGCCUUCCAGAAGGUAGAGAACGUGCUUUAUUACAAGUUAACUGUUUCUCCCAGUUCUCUGACUGACGGGCUUCUCCAGGCCCCCGUGGGCACUGCUGCCUGACAGACACGAUCCCGGGCUCCGAGCGGACAUGGGGAGAGCGCGGAGCUGCUGCGACUCACCUGAUCGUGAGGCUUC